AUGCCACGCAGCCCCACAUCCAGUGAGGAUGAGAUGGCCCAGAGUUUCUCUGACUAUUCUGUGGGCUCAGAGUCAGACAGCUCCAAAGAAGAGACCAUCUAUGACACGAUCCGGGCCACCACAGAGAAGCCGGGUGGGGUAAAGAUGGAGGAGCUACAGGGUAACACCCUGGUGAUUCGAGUGGUCAUCCAGGAUCUGCAGCAGACGAAGUGCAUUCGAUUUAACCCGGACGCCACCGUGUGGGUGGCCAAGCAGCGGAUACUGUGCACGCUGAACCAAGGCCUGAAGGAUGUCCUCAACUAUGGGCUCUUUCAGCCGGCCAGCAAUGGGCGUGACGGCAAGUUCCUGGAUGAGGAGCGGCUACUGCGGGAAUACCCCCAGCCCAUGGGCCAGGGCGUGCCUUCCUUGGAGUUUCGCUACAAGAAGCGUGUGUACAAGCAGUCCAACCUGGAUGAGAAGCAACUGGCCAGGCUCCACACGAAGACCAAUCUGAAGAAAUUUAUGGACCACACUCAGCAUCGCUCGGUGGAGAAGCUGGUCAAGCUGCUGGACAGGGGCCUGGACCCCAAUUUCCAUGACCUGGAGACUGGAGAGACGCCCCUGACCCUGGCUGCACAGCUCGAUGACUCCAUGGAGAUCAUCAAAGCUCUCAGAAACGGGGGUGCACAUUUGGACUUCCGCUCCAGGGAUGGGAUGACUGCCCUUCACAAGGCUGCCCGGAUGAGGAACCAGGUUGCCCUGAAGACCCUCCUGGAGCUUGGCGCCUCCCCAGACUACAAGGACAGCUACGGGCUCACACCGCUGUACCACACGGCCAUCGUGGGGGGCGACCCUUACUGCUGCGAGCUCCUUCUCCACGAGCACGCCUCCGUGUGCUGCAAGGACGAGAACGGCUGGCACGAGAUCCACCAGGCCUGCAGGUACGGCCAUGUCCAGCACCUGGAACAUCUGCUUUUCUAUGGCGCAGACAUGAGCGCACAGAACGCCUCAGGGAACACAGCCCUGCAUAUCUGCGCCCUCUACAAUCAGGACAGCUGUGCCAGAGUGCUGCUGUUUCGGGGUGGAAACAAGGAAUUGAAAAACUACAACAGCCAGACACCAUUUCAGGUGGCUAUAAUAGCGGGGAACUUUGAACUUGCAGAGUACAUCAAGAACCACAAGGAAACAGACAUUGUGCCCUUCCGAGAGGCCCCAGCUUAUUCCAACCGGAGGCGGCGGCCCCCCAACACAUUGGCUGCCCCCAGAGUUCUUCUGCGUUCCAAUAGUGACAACAACCUCAAUGCUGGUGCACCUGAAUGGGCUGUCUGCUCUGCAGCCACCUCCCACCGAAGCCUCUCACCCCAGCUGCUGCAGCAGACACCCAACAAACCUGAUGGAGCCACUAAGAACCUUGGAAGCUACACCCCUGGGCCCCGCAGCCGAUCCCCGUCACUCAACAGGCUGGGUGGUACUGGUGAGGAUGGCAAGAGGCCACAGCCACAUUGGCAUGUGGGGUCGCCCUUCACUCCUGGUGCCAACAAAGACUCCCUCUCGACCUUUGAGUACCCAGGGCCCAGGAGGAAGCUGUAUAGUGCGGUGCCUGGGAGACUCUUCGUCGCCAUCAAGCCAUACCAACCCCAAGUCGACGGCGAGAUCCCCCUUCACCGAGGCGACAGGGUCAAAGUUCUGAGCAUCGGUGAGGGUGGCUUCUGGGAAGGCAGCGCCCGUGGCCACAUCGGGUGGUUCCCAGCUGAGUGUGUGGAAGAGGUGCAAUGUAAACCCCGGGACAGCCAGGCAGAAACCCGCGCGGACCGCAGCAAGAAGCUCUUUCGGCAUUACACGGUGGGAUCCUAUGACAGCUUCGAUGCUGCCAGUGACUGCAUUAUUGAGGACAAGACGGUGGUCCUGCAGAAGAAAGACAACGAGGGCUUUGGAUUUGUACUCCGAGGGGCAAAAGCUGAUACCCCCAUUGAGGAAUUCACACCCACGCCGGCAUUUCCAGCCCUGCAGUACCUGGAGUCCGUGGAUGAAGGUGGGGUGGCAUGGCAAGCCGGACUAAGGACCGGGGACUUCUUGAUUGAGGUUAACAAUGAAAAUGUCGUCAAGGUGGGCCACAGGCAGGUGGUGAACAUGAUCCGCCAGGGAGGGAAUCACCUCGUCCUUAAGGUUGUCACGGUGACCAGGAAUCUAGACCCUGAUGAUACAGCCAGAAAGAAAGCUCCCCCACCUCCAAAGCGGGCUCCGACCACCGCCCUCACCCUGCGUUCCAAGUCCAUGACAGCGGAGUUGGAGGAACUCGUGGACAAAGCCUCAGUCCGGAAGAAGAAGGAUAAACCGGAAGAGAUAGUGCCAGCCUCCAAGCCCUCCAGGACUGCAGAGAACGUGGCCAUAGAAUCCAGAGUGGCGACCAUCAAGCAGCGGCCCACAAGCCGGUGCUUCCCAGCGUCCUCUGAUGUGAAUUCCGUGUACGAACGCCAAGGGAUUGCUGUAAUGACGCCCACGGUCCCUGGGAGCCCGAAAGGCCCGUUUCUGGGCCUCCCUCGAGGUACGAUGCGAAGGCAGAAAUCGAUAGACAGCAGAAUCUUUCUAUCAGGGAUAACGGAGGAAGAGCGGCAGUUUCUGGCCCCCCCAAUGCUGAAGUUCACCCGAAGCUUGUCCAUGCCAGACACUUCUGAGGACAUCCCCCCUCCGCCACAGUCUGUGCCCCCCUCUCCCCCUCCACCUUCCCCCACCACAUACAACUGCCCCAGGUCCCCGACUCCAAGAGUCUAUGGGACAAUUAAGCCUGCGUUCAGUCAGAACCCGGUCGCCAAGGUGCCCCCAGCCACCAGGUCUGACACCGUGGCCACCAUGAUGCGAGAAAAGGGGAUGCUCUACAGGAGAGAGCUGGACCGCUUUUCCCUGGACUCAGAAGAUGUCUACAGCCGCAGCCCCGCCCCACAGGCUGCCUUCCGCACCAAGCGGGGACAGAUGCCUGAGAACCCAUACUCGGAGGUGGGAAAGAUAGCCAGCAAGGCCGUCUACGUCCCCGCCAAGCCAGCCAGGAGGAAGGGCAUGCUGGUGAAGCAGUCCAACGUGGAGGACAGCCCUGAGAAGACGUGCUCCAUCCCCAUCCCAACCAUCAUCGUCAAGGAGCCCUCCACCAGCAGCAGCGGCAAGAGCAGCCAGGGGAGCAGCAUGGAGAUCGACCCCCAGGCCACAGAGCCCGGCCAGCUGCGGCCAGACGACAGCCUCACCGUCAGCAGCCCCUUCGCUGCGGCCAUUGCUGGGGCCGUGCGUGACCGGGAGAAGCGUCUGGAAGCCAGGAGGAAUUCCCCCGCCUUCCUCUCCACAGACCUGGGAGAUGAGGAUGUGGGUCUGGGACCGCCUGCUCCCAGGAUGCAGCCCUCCAAGUUCCCCGAGGAGGGUGGGUUUGGUGAUGAGGAUGAAACGGAACAGCCGCUAUUGCCUACCCCAGGGGCAACACCCAGGGAGCUGGAGAACCACUUCCUAGGUGGUGGUGAGGCUGGUGCUCAGGGGGAGGCCGGGGGACCCCUGAGUUCCACAUCCAAAGCCAAGGGGCCUGAGAGUGGCCCAGCAGCCCCCCUCAAGAGCAGCAGCCCAGCCAGCCCUGAGAAUUACGUGCACCCACUCACGGGGCGGCUGCUGGACCCCAGCUCCCCGCUGGCCCUGGCGCUCUCCGCCAGGGACAGAGCCAUGCAGGAGUCCCAGCAGGGGCACAAGGGGGAGGCCCCCAAGGCUGACCUUAACAAGCCUCUCUACAUCGAUACCAAAAUGCGGCCCAGCGUGGAACCCGGCUUUCCUCCGGUCACCAGGCAGAACACCCGGGGUCCCCUGCGAAGGCAGGAGACAGAGAACAAAUACGAGACAGACCUGGGCAAGGACCGAAGGGCUGACGACAAGAAGAACAUGCUGAUCAACAUCGUGGACACUGCCCAGCAGAAGUCAGCCGGCCUACUGAUGGUGCACACGGUGGACGUGCCCAUGGCGGGCCCGCCCCUGGAGGAAGAGGAGGACAGAGAGGAUGGGGAUACAAAGCCAGACCACUCACCCUCCACAGUGCCAGAAGGCGUUCCCAAAACCGAAGGUGCUUUACAGAUCUCCGCUGCCCCGGAGCCCGCCGCAGCGCCCGGCAGGACCAUCGUAGCAGCGGGCUCCGUGGAAGAGGCGGUGAUUCUGCCAUUCCGCAUCCCCCCUCCCCCUCUGGCGUCCGUGGACUUGGAUGAGGACUUUCUUUUCACAGAACCAUUGCCUCCUCCCCUGGAAUUCGCCAAUAGUUUUGAUAUCCCCGAUGACCGGGCGGCUUCGGUUCCCGCUCUGGCUGACCUGGUCAAGCAGAAGAAAAACGACACCCCUCAGCCCCGUUCAUCGAACUCCAGCCAACCAGCCAACUCCACAGACGGUAAGAAGCCAGCCGGCAUCUCAAACUGUCUGCCCUCCUCAUUCCUGCCACCCCCAGAAAGCUUCGACGCCGUCACCGACUCGGGGAUCGAGGAGGUGGACAGCCGGAGUAGCAGCGACCACCACCUGGAGACAACCAGCACCAUCUCCACAGUGUCCAGCAUCUCCACGCUGUCCUCAGAGGGCGGGGAGAGCAUGGACACGUGCACAGUCUAUGCAGACGGGCAAGCCUUUGUGGUUGACAAGCCCCCAGUACCUCCAAAGCCAAAAAUGAAGCCCAUCGUUCACAAAAGCAACGCACUUUACCAAGACACGCUCCCAGAAGAGGACACGGAUGGCUUUGUGAUCCCCCCACCUGCACCCCCGCCCCCGCCGGGCAGUGCCCAGGCUGGUGUGGCGAAGGUCAUCCAGCCUAGGACCUCCAAGUUGUGGGGUGACGUUCCAGAGGUCAAAAGCCCAAUUCUCUCAGGCCCAAAGGCAAAUGUCAUUAGUGAGCUAAACUCCAUUCUGCAGCAGAUGAACAGGGGGAAAUCAGUCAAGCCUGGGGAAGGGCUGGAGCUGCCGGUGGGAGCCAAGUCGGCCAACCUUGCUCCAAGAAGCCCGGAGGUCAUGAGCACCGUCUCAGGUACACGGAGCACGACUGUCACCUUCACUGUCCGCCCCGGCACCUCCCAGCCCAUCACCCUGCAGAGCCGGCCCCCUGACUAUGAAAGCAGGACCUCAGGACCGAGACGUGCCCCAAGCCCUGUGGUUUCGCCAACGGAAUUGAGCAAAGAGAUUCUGCCCACCCCUCCGUCUGCUGCCGCAGCCUCUCCCUCCCCCACACUCUCAGAUGUCUUCAGCCUUCCGAGCCAGUCCCCUGCAGGGGACCUCUUUGGCUUGAACCCAGCAGGACGCAGCAGGUCACCCUCUCCUUCAAUAUUGCAACAGCCAAUCUCAAAUAAGCCUUUUACAACUAAGCCUGUCCACCUGUGGACGAAACCAGACGUGGCAGACUGGCUGGAAAGUCUGAACUUGGGUGAACACAAGGAGACGUUCAUGGACAAUGAGAUUGACGGCAGUCACCUGCCAAACCUCCAGAAGGAAGACUUGAUAGAUCUUGGGGUGACUCGAGUUGGGCACAGGAUGAACAUAGAAAGGGCUUUGAAACAGCUGCUGGACAGAUAAGGGUGGUGGCCGCCCUGGGCCUUCACAGACUCCUUUCUUAGAAGUAGAGAUGGGCUUAUGUUGAAAUGUGUGGUGGCCAAGCAGAGGCUGACAGCACCAGUCUCCGGUCUGGGGGUUUGUCUCUGGGUACCCAAAGAUGUGCUGUGGGUGUCCCUUGGUGUGGCCAAACCAGGGCCUCCAAACCCAGCUCUCUGUGCAGAUUUCUUGGGUGGCUUCUGUCCAAAGGGACAGUAAGGGGGUUUCUGUCCUGGUCUUAGAGGCUGCCAUAGAUGGCAUGUGGGACCCUCUCCUCCUGUGGCAGAUACCAGUGCACUCCAGAUACCUCCUGAGGCCUCCCUCCUCUGCCUUCUGGGCAACUCUCACCCCGCAGCUCCGGAACACAGCCUUUCUUCAGGCCUUUGGCCUAUGGCUGGGCUCAUUGGCUCCGUCCCAGGCCUGUGCCUGGCUCUCAGUGAGCAGUUCCAGGUGGAGCCCUGCCUGAGCCAGACCGUAGAGAAACACCGUCCCAUCUUUGUCCGACUCCUGUGACGUGCAUCUGAGCUUCUUUGGCCCCAAGGUCCUUGGCAGUGGUGGCUGUGUGGACAGGAUCGUGCCCAGCUUGCUUAACUUGCUUUCUUUAUUUCUGCACACCGAUUAGCAUAAUUCCAGGGUGGCCAAAAUGAAGUCACAAGGAGUUAGUCAAAGCACAAAGUCACGAUCCUGAGGAGGAGGGAGGCCUGGCCAUAGAGCCAGCCAAUGUGUGGCUGCCCAAGCACACAGCCUCCUCCGGGGCGAGGACAGGUGUCUGCCCAGAGCAUCUGCCCAGGAGGGAGAGGUGGGGGCUCAGGAAAUUUACUCUAAUUGGAUGUCUGCAGAGCUCCACAGAGGUCAGAACUGGUGAGCAUCUACUUUUACAAGGACACGAAGACCUGAGGCUUGUGGUAAGCCUGCCUGCCACAGGGAAGCCGCUGUCCUCCCUGGUAUCGGAUGGAAUGUCACGCCCUCCAUCCCCACCAGGCCACAGUGAGCAGCCUGCUGAGGCAGCCCUUUGGCUCUCGGAGGCCAAGCAAGGUGGAACUCAGGGGCCUUUCUCCCUUCUCUCAGAUAGCGGGGAUCCCACCAGCCUGUCUUAACAUCUGGGUCUCAGAGAAGCCGGUGGUCAGCACCUGGUGGAGAACAGGAAGCAGGGCACAGGCUGUGGCCAAGUUUAGGUGUGUGUGGGAAGGAAUGUGGGGGGCAUCCUGGACCAAGCCUCGCCUCAGGCCCAGCCACCUGAGCCCACCCUUCUUGCCCCCAGAUCUCUCCCUCCCGAACAAUACCUCUAAUGUCCCAGGGAGGUCACUGACUGCACACAGCCACCACGCAGCCAGCUGGGCCCCCACAACCCCCUCUCCCCCACACUCAGAGGAGACUCGAAUGUCAAGUGACGGUUUUAUCAUUUCAGAACUAGCCCAGCCCAUCUCUAAUUAUAAAACAUUUUUUCCUUUUUUUUUUUCCCUUCACUUAUGCUCACAACCACGUGUCUGACAAGGCCUGGAACAGUGCUACAAUGAACACAUAAAAUUUAGCAACUUAAAAAAAAAUCUUUACUGCAAGUUUAAAUAUGUGUACAGAUAGUUCGUAAGCACAAUAUUUUAAGAAAAAAAAAAGUGGCUGGUCUGCUGGGCAGUCUCUGGGCCGCCUAGUGCUGGAAAGCCAAAGGGAAAGGGGGUUGUGGUUUAACAAUACCAUUUCCUUGGGACAAUUAUACAAGCGACCUUUUAAAAAUUACCCUUCCCCAGACACAUUAGAACCUGCGACAUCAAGUCGUUUCUCACCUUUUGCCACAACUUCAUCAUUGAAGGGCAAUUAUUUCUUCAAAAGGAUUAGAAUCCAUGACUCCGAAGUUUCUCCAACAACAAUGCACAUACUUGCAUACUUGUACACACACAUACAUCAUACACACACACACACACAUGCACGCACACGCGCGUGCGCGCGCGCGCGCCCUCAUGCACGCACCACAACCCUUGAUAUGGAAACCAUAGCUUUGAAUCUUAUUCUGUCCCCAAAAUCUUUGCAGGUCAAACCCAACCUCUGAACCAUCCAGUCAGCUGGUAGCAGGUGGCUGUUGCGCGCCUUGCUCUGGGUUCCGUCAUCAGCCACAGCAAGGAGAAGGAAUGAGUAACACUGGGGAUGCCGGGAGUCCAGACACUGCGGGUAGCCACUGAGGGAUCCAGAAAGCGGGAAAAUGUGGCCCCACCAUUAAUUUGUCUUCCAAUGGGUGGUUCUUCGAAGUCCCCUCAGUGUGCCAUAGCACUAGGCUCCUUUCCUUGCCUCUGGUUGGCAUUACCUCUGUGCCCAGUGCCAGGCAGAUGCUAGGCAGGACAGACCUGGUGGCUUGGGGCACGCUGAGGUGCAGGUGACAGGCUGCGACUGCCUUCCUUAGACUUCAAGCCACAUGCCUCCAAGCAGGAGCAGGCUGACUGCCAGCCUUGAGAGCUGACAGGCCAGCUUUGCUUUGCAGUAUCUGGUCACAGAAACUCAGCUGGACCUAUCAGAACUGACCCCCAAUCACCCAAACACACAUUUGCCUAGAGACUGGGUCUCUGUCUCUGACAGUUGAUUUUGUGCAGAAAGCAAUAGUCCCUCAUUGAAAUUGCUGCCCAUUGUCCCCCCACUCAGAACAUGUCAGGACCAGGCCCUACCCCAGGACCCUCUUCAGUGGUGAAUCAGAAGUUAAACUGCUCAUAAGGACCAUGUUACCACUAUUCCAGGUUUUAAGAUCAACUUUUGUUAUAUACUGUAAUUUAAAUAACUGCAUAAAUUUACAUGCCUAGUUUCUGUAAUAUUGUGUAUACAAAACCAAAAUCUCUCAAGCUGUAAAUUGUGUAUACCCGCCAGGAUCCCUACUCUGGGGUGUCUGUGCGCAUUUUAGAUUUAAUUCAUACAAUUAAAAACUCAAUGUGACUGCUGACGUGCUGAAACUUUACAUAAGAAUUAUUUGUGAUACUUUAGUUAAUAAAAUGGUGAGGUUUUUUUUUUCCUGAGUUAUUGAACAAGCAAACAUUACCCAGCUGACCUGGCAAUGACUUUUUGUGUGUGUGCGGGUAGGGGGGCCACAAAUAUUGAUUUUUUCUCCCAUUAGCAAUUUUGGAUUUUAAAUACUAACAUGUUUCACACUAUAGUUUUGUGUGUAACAACACAUGUCACAUUAUCUUUAUUGCUGUUAAUUUUGUGCUUUUUUCUUUUUAGACUUUAUUUAUUUAGAAGGAGAGAAAGAGGGAGAGAGAGGGAGAGAGAGGGAGAGAGAGUGAGAGAGAAAGUUCCUGUACUUUGCACUUUUCCCCAAAUCCUUCAAUCUCUUGUAUGGCAACCAAAAUUACUGUAA